UUGGGUACUGACCACAAGUGAGAGCAACGUGUCUGUGUUUGAGAGGACUAAAGUACACAGAUGGGUGACAACAUCAACAUUGGCAAAGUCUUAGACAGAGAAGGCUUUAAGUAUAACUUCACAUCUUCAGCUUCAACUGCAAGUGAUAGCUGUGCACAAGAUGGGGUGAUGAAGGAGCAGGAUCGGUUGCUUCCAAUAGCUAAUGUUGGGAGAAUCAUGAAACAAACUCUUCCCCCGAAUGCCAAGAUCUCAAAAGAAGCAAAAGAAACCAUGCAGGAAUGUGUUUCUGAGUUCAUCAGCUUUGUCACUGGGGAAGCUUCCGACAAGUGUCACAAGGAGAAGCGCAAAACGGUGAAUGGUGAUGAUAUUUGCUGGGCCUUGGCUACCCUAGGGUUUGAUGACUACGCUGACCCUCUUAAAAGGUACUUGCAUAAGUAUAGGGAGUUGGAGGGGGAGAGAGCAAACCAAAAUAAGAGUAACACUUACGAAAACAACAUUGCAAACAUAUAAUUAAUUCAUGUCUCUUCGGCCUUCAAAUUUCUGGGUUUCACACUACAUCACCAACAACUAGUUGCUUCAGAAUCCUGUGAGUUAUAACUCAUCUUUGUAUUUGUAUGUCCAGUAAUAAGCUUUAAUCAUUUCCAGAAUUCACGAACAAUACGCAUCUUUACUUGUAAAUGUGAAUUUGAAGUUCUUAAUCUGAGCAUUGCUGGCUAUGA